ACGCUAGAAUUUCUAUCGCUCGAAUUGCUGUUUUCCUCCGACAUUUCCGUUGUGACAAACCUCGCUUUAUUUUCAUCACAAUUCUAUCACAACAAAAUUAAGUUUGAAAAUUAAAAAAAAAACUACCUAGUGCAUACAUUUUUCAACAUAAUGGUGAUUGCAUGUGUAGUAAAAACAUGUCGAAAUCACAACAAAAACUGCGAUCUGAGCUUCUACACUUUUCCGACCCAGCGGAAGCAGGGCAGUACCAAGGAACUAGAGAAGCUUAUUUCGAUGCGGCUGGCGAUGUGGCGGAAGGCUUCUGGCUUCUCGAGACCAAUGAAUCGGAGCGUUCGAAUCUGUGGAGAUCACUUCGUCAGUGGUAAACCAGCCAAGCUGGAGGAGCCGGGCAGCAUCGAUUGGGUGCCCUCGCUUCACUUACCCGACCAGCCAUCCUCCAUGAUUCGGGGUGCGGACUUGGAAUAUCUAACGAAGACCGAGGUAACCGAAGUCGACUUUGAUCUACGGACGAUUUGUAGCAUUAAAAAAUGCCCCAGUAACAAGAACCCAAGUUGGAAAGUGAAAAUUUACCCAUUUCCCAGAUUGGACAGUUCGAACUAUGUGGCGCGAGUGCUGUCUGAAAAGCGACUUUUAUUGUGGUGUCGAAUGCUGGACACCUCCAGCAGAUGGGACAAAAUCGAUCUCUCCAAGCUGCAGCUGUGCAGUUUGCACUUCACUUCAGGUACUAUGGCGGGCUUGACAGACGUUGAAAAUGUGGAUUGGAUUCCAACGUUAAACAUGAAUAGGCAGACUCGUUUUACUGACCAUAUCGCGUAUUUUGAUUUAUAUAAUUUAAUUUCGUUAGUAAAGGACUCAGGAGUAACCGAAAGUAGCUUGGCAACCGAAUUGGUUUUACAAUCACAGCAAAGUGUGAUACCAACGCUGCAGUCUGCCAAUGUGGGAGAAACAGUUGUUACACCGGACACACCUUCCAGUUUACCGAAAGUUUCAGUUGGUUUGAAAUGUAUCCUCUGUCUGUCACCCACAGCACUGAAACCGAUGAAUGCGGAGAACAAAAAAGCCGUUGAGCUUAUAUUCAAAGACACACUACGAGUGGACAGCGAGCUGAUUUGUGCAAUGUGUAACAAAUCCGUUGGUGAAUUUUCUGCAUUUUACGAAAAAGUCCGUAAAAGCCAAGAAAAGGCCGCAACGGUCAAGCUCAAACCACUUGUGAAGAUCGAGAAAACGAUUUCCAAUCCUCUGAAGCGAUCAGCUCCUGCUCCCCUACCAUCGGCACCGGACGAGAAGCGAAUUCAUUCGACCGAUGAGAAAAGAGUAAAGUUGUUCAAUGUCCUCGUGUCGAACGAAUUCCAAUGUAAGCUGUGCUACGUUACGCUCGCGACCAGACCGGGACUCAAUGAUCAUCUAUUUCACGCGCAUAAGGUGAAAAUCAAUUGCAAACUGUGCAAAAACAGUUUUGCACCCGAAGGAUAUGCUAGUCAUAAAGCGGGCUGCAAAGCGCAAGCGAAAGCCAAACGACAAGCCCAGCAAACAGCAGGUACCACUAUUACAGCCACCCCGAUCAAACCAAAAGCACCUGGUACGAAAGUGUCGAAACAGAAACAUUCAUGUUAUAUUUGUAAAGAAUUCUUUACGCCUGGGGAAAUUAUUGACCAUGUGAAGACCCACGGAAUCGAUACGGUUCCUAUGAAAGACACCAUGAUUGAUUAUGAGGCCUGUAAGCAGUGUCACAAGGCGGUUCAGAAGCAGAACAUGAAGCGACACAUGGAAGCGCACGAGAGUCACCGCAAUCAAAUGAGAAAGCUCAUCAAAGAACAAGAGGAUAAGCAACGCUUCCAGUGCAGUGUAUGCCUGUUGGAGUUCAGAACGAUACUUUUGAUGGAGAAGCACAAAGAAAAGCACAAGCUUGUCACUAUGGAUGACCGAAUCGAGUGUCCGGACUGCAACAAAGUGAUGACGGCCAGAUAUUUCAAAUAUCAUGUGAUGGUAAUGCACGACAAUGAGCAACUGCCCUGCGAUAAGUGCGGCAAACUUUUCAGUAGAUUUGCACUCAAAAAUCAUCGCGCAACGACAUGCAGCGACGAUGAGCAGGUCUCGUGUUCGCAUUGUGGUAAAACGAUGAGGGCACACUUACUGAAGGGUCACGUUAGUAAAGUACAUUCGACUGUGACCGCCAAAUGUAGAUUCUGCCCGAAAGAGUACACCAGCAGAGAGUACGCCAUAAGUCACGAGCGGUGGUCCCACCGUAAGGAGUGGGAGGAGAAAAAACGGGAAGGUGUCAAGCAGCUGGAACUGGACCGCGAUCAACUGGAGGAGGCUCUCGGCAUCAAACCCAAUCCCAACGAAGAGGAUAUUUCGGCGACCUGCCCAGUCUGCUUGAACGUCCACGGUACAAAGCCGUACAUCGAAGCGCAUGUACGAAAAGCUCACUCCUCCGAGUAUUUAUCGAUGAUUAUGAACGGUAUCAUUGUAAGCACUGGCGAUAACAAUACGGAGGAUUUCGAUGCUGCAGAGUACAUAAGUGAAGUGAUGGGAUCGACUAAGACCGAGGCGGGAGCAAUGUAGGGUAAGAACUACUAUGAUAUAUGUAUAAACCUGUAUGUACUACCUAUAGUAUGGCAAUGUGUGGUCAAUUCUGAACAGUUGUGAAAUCCCUUUACAUAUAUUAACUUUCAAUCGUAAUCCAUUGUAACCACUGAUUAUUUUCGUUUGUGAGUAGAUUGAAAUUUGAAUAGGUAAUAAAACAAUCCAGAUUAAUCCGCUUAGCAGAAA